AUGCGUAUGGUUCCAUCAUGCCAAAAGCGUGCCGGAUCUAACACCGUGAACAGCAGAGAGCAAAAGGACGGUCAUCAAAACCAGUUCAGCAUUGACAUGUAUAACUUCGAGCAGAAUGCCCUCAACACAUCGAUUAAAAAUGAAUAUGCCCAGCCUAGGAGACCUCUUGAAUCUAAACCUAUCUCCAUCCCGGGCAGCAUGCCGCAACCGCAAAACGCCGUCAAGCCUGAAAGCAAUGAGGAAAACUACGUAAGCGGUUGCGGCACCAAGUCGAUCCCUAUCCCAAAGAGGAAGAAAAAGGGGACGGAUCAGCAGCGUUGA